UUUUUUGUCCCGCCUUGCUCAAAGGUGGCAUCCACAUACUUAACAGUGGUGAGUGUGUCAACAGCGUCGACAUAACAGCACUUCAAUUUAUUCUCUUUUAUUUUCUAUUACUUCACGUUUACAGAAUGAGGGAAAUUGUACACAUUCAGGCCGGGCAGUGCGGUAACCAGAUUGGGGCCAAGUUCUGGGAGGUGAUCAGCGAUGAACAUGGCAUCGACCCCACGGGCUCCUACCAUGGAGACAGCGACCUGCAGCUGGACAGGAUCAGUGUCUACUACAACGAGGCUUCAGGUGGCAAGUAUGUACCCAGAGCGGUCCUAGUGGACCUGGAGCCCGGCACCAUGGACUCUGUCAGAUCCGGACCAUUCGGGCAGAUCUUCAGACCAGACAACUUUGUGUUUGGUCAGAGCGGUGCAGGAAACAACUGGGCCAAGGGCCACUACACUGAGGGAGCAGAGUUGGUGGACUCAGUCCUGGAUGUGGUGAGGAAAGAAGCUGAGAGCUGCGACUGCCUCCAGGGCUUCCAGCUCACCCACUCCCUGGGUGGGGGCACUGGCUCGGGCAUGGGCACCCUGCUCAUCAGCAAGAUCCGUGAAGAGUACCCCGACCGCAUCAUGAACACCUUCAGCGUAGUGCCCUCCCCUAAAGUGUCGGACACUGUGGUGGAGCCCUACAACGCCACCCUGUCAGUCCACCAACUAGUGGAGAACACAGACGAGACCUUCUGCAUUGACAACGAGGCUCUCUACGACAUCUGCUUCCGUACCCUCAAACUCACCACGCCGACUUACGGAGACCUCAACCACCUGGUGUCGGCCACCAUGAGCGGAGUCACCACUUGCCUGCGUUUCCCCGGUCAGCUCAACGCCGACCUCCGUAAACUGGCCGUCAACAUGGUGCCUUUCCCACGUCUCCACUUCUUCAUCCCUGGCUUCGCACCCCUCACCAGCAGGGGGAGCCAGCAGUACCGUGCCCUCACCGUGCCUGAGCUCACUCAGCAAGUGUUCGACGCCAAGAACAUGAUGGCCGCAUGUGACCCGCGUCACGGUCGCUACCUCACUGUCGCCGCCGUCUUCCGCGGGCGCAUGUCCAUGAAGGAGGUGGACGAGCAGAUGCUGAACGUACAGAACAAGAACAGCAGCUACUUCGUUGAAUGGAUCCCCAACAACGUCAAGACCGCCGUCUGCGACAUUCCUCCAAGAGGCCUCAAAAUGGCCGUCACCUUCAUCGGCAACAGCACAGCCAUCCAGGAGCUGUUCAAGCGCAUCUCUGAGCAGUUCACCGCCAUGUUCCGCCGCAAGGCCUUCCUCCAUUGGUACACCGGAGAGGGCAUGGACGAGAUGGAGUUCACCGAGGCAGAGAGCAACAUGAACGACCUGGUGUCUGAGUACCAGCAGUACCAGGACGCCACCGCCGAGGAGGAGGGAGAGUUUGAGGAGGAGGCUGAGGAGGACGCUUAAAAACGGAGUGAAGCAACACGAGCGAGGAGGAAGAAUGAAGAAAAGUCAUACAAAACGUCUGAAAAAAAUGACAAAAUACCACAAAAAGAGAAAAACAAGAAAAGUACCAAAAGAAAACCGGAGGACUACUAUAGAACGUAGCUGAGAAGAGGUCAAGAGGAGCCCAAUUGCACACCCAUAAAUGGAGGAUCAUAUCUGAAAAUGAACUGGAACAUAAUAGGGAGAGGUCUAGGAAUUGAAUUCCAUUUGACCAUAGCAAGGUUUUGCAACAAGAUUAUCUGAAAGAACCUCAGCAAAUUUGUGUGUACCGAACAUUUCAGUAAAUGUUUACACAUUGAACCAAUUUUCAAAUAGAAGCCAUUGUUAUUUUAGGUCAAGCCAGUUCGUCUAUAUGUCCACACCCUGCUAUAGUGUCCGGUCUUGUUGACAUCUGUACUGCACUAUGAAGGGCUGAAACUGCAACCUUCUUGCAUGUUUCUUUUCUCUUUAUUCUGAUUAUAAUUGUUUUAAUCCGUGAGAAAGUGAAAAGCAAGGUGCCUCCGGGGAGAAAUAAAAAGGCAUUUUUAGAAAA